AUGUUGUAUCAACAACCACCUCACCAAGCUGGACCAUUUCUUCAACUACAACUGACUUCCUUUAUGGGCGGAAACAACAUGCUUGAAGCGGCUCCAAACGACGCUUCUUUUGGGUGUUUUGCGGCCGAGCUUGAUGACGCUAUCGGGACACCGACACAAUCAAACCGCAGGAGCUCGCCCCAAAUUAUGCAUUCUGGCUUCUGUGCUACGUUUCAAGAUUCCCUUAUGAUCAACAAUGAACAGAGUUCUCAGCCCUCGCCAGAACCCUCGUUUACUCCCGGCCUUGGCCGAAGUGAUUCUUCUUCUGAUUGGCCUCAGCAGCAGGCCAGUGCGGCCAAUAAUGACAGCCUGAUUUUCAGCUCCCCCAUUCAAAGAUACAACCCUGGCCAGGACCGCCGCCCGCACUCUACCGUGCAAACACAGAUGACGGUAUACGAUGCACCUCAGUUGUCAUACGAACACGGAGAUGACAAGCGUCAGCAUGGCUUCCAGUACUCAGAUAGGAGACAUGAUCGUUUAUACGCUGAGGAUCCAUUGCCGGCGCAGCUAUUUAUAAAUGGCUUCCCAAACAUCCCAGCUACUCUACCCUACAAUCCUUUAAGCCAACUACAGACUUCUAGCCUCGGCCAAUCUGGCUCAGAAGCCUGUUCUGGACCCUCCUCGAAUGGUAGCACUCCCACACUCACUUGCUCUGGCGUCAAGGAGGUGGUCCCUGGUAUAUUGAACAGUCCCAACGAUGCUCACAACGUUCUGUUUAGCGUUGGAAGCUCUGGAUUCUAUCUCCCCAGUGACAUACAACAGUCUUCAAGUUUCGAGGCAAGUAGUGGCUAUCACUCGCCAGAAACAGACUCUAGCAGCUUCACACGCUCCUCCUUCGAACCAACAGACAAUCGUCAUCGGCUUCCGAACAAAAGCGCUUCUCGCAACCGCCGCCUUGCAACCCCUCAUCACGGCGCCUUCGAAAAUACCAUACUACAACGGCCAUCCGAUAGACGCUCGUCCAUUGGGAAACCCCCUUUACAGCCAAAACUUCAGAAAAAUGCCGCUGAAGGAUCACAAAGGAAUAAUUUUACCGGACACGAAGUGAAGAUGCCGAGAAAAAGUCGCGGGAGGCGUACAAAACCUCUAGAAGACGGAAAGCGGAAGGCUGCGACGAAAAGAAGAAAUGAGCGUACCGUGUGCAUUGGCUGCAAAAUGGCUAAAGUCAUUUGUGAGGGCCGAGAACAGGGAGGAGACUGUGACCGUUGCACCAAUAGCCAUAACAACGCCCCGAAGCCAUUCGUAUGUGUUCCUGCGAGCUUUAUCGAACUCAUUCAGCAAGGUAGCACUAUGUUGCUAGCCCUUCAUACCGUUUAUUCCAGUCCAUCAGACGGCUUUCGCCAAGCAAUUAGCUUACCUUCUAACAUUGAUGUAAGGCAGCUCCUUAGAUCCAUCAACGCCUUGCAACAAUCCUAUGGCGUCAUUCGAGCAUACGAGGGGCACGAUGUGCUUUUCGAGCUCGACCUUCAGGCUUGCUGGACUUUCGUCAACGCCAACUACUCUCCUAUAUCUCAUCCUUUCCGCCAAUUCAUCGAUGGCCUUAAGACCCAGCGGCAAGGUAACUGGAAGUCAUGCUUUAGAAACGGCACCGACCCGCUAGCAAACCUGUGUAAAACGCUUUUUACGUGGGACGAUGCAGCCCCCUACGUCACGUACGCUAUGGUAUACAAGAUUGAUCCUGAUGUCGAAGAUCGUCUCAACCCAAACAACGAACAGCAUGAGAAAUUCAUCAUUGUCGCGGCUCAGCUAUAUCGAAUUAUCGGACGCCAAUUAGAGCUCCAGUUUUAUGACUAUCUAAAAAAAGCUCUUGGUAGUCCUAGUAUUUGCCGCGAGGUUGUUCUUGAAGUCGGCCACGCUAUCAUCUCUCUUCGCCGCCGCUUAGCCUCAUGGACUCGUCACUGGGACAAGACUCAACACUGGGACAAGACUCAACACUGGGACAAUACGUCGUGUGCCCUGAUGCCCGAGAUUGAUUCAUACAGCGAUAGAAAUAACGCCAAUAAUUAUAGCUUUUGGGAUGGCUCUAUCGUUGCCGAGCGUGUCAAAAACCUCUGUUUGAUUCUCUACGUUUAUUUUUGCUAUAUGAGACGGCGGCUUCCCGCAGAGGAACAAAUAGGUCUGCAUAUAAUGAAAAUGUGGGAUCCAGACAAUCAACAAAUGGUGGAAGAACAUCUUCCACAGUACGAGAGUAAAACGGGAUUUGAGGACUGGCUGGAGUUUAAUAGCGAUCAGCCGAUAUUGGAAUUCGGCAGAAAGAUUUAA